GUUUUACAGUAGGUCAUGAAAAUUCUCAUAUUCAUACAAAUUCAAUUUAAUUUGGUAUAAAAUCUCGUUUAUUUAAGUACCUUAUAUCAUAAAAAGUGCGACUAUUUAAAAGUUACUUUAUUAAAAUAAUAAUAAAUAACAAAAAAAAGUUAUAUUUUUAUAUACCAAAUAGUCUACAAACUAACUAAAAUCGCUUUUACUUACAAAAAUACAUAAGUCUCCAUACAUUUGUCUUCUGCCAUGGUUCAUAUCCCAACUAAGCACCACCAAAACCGCUAGAUGGCGCCAGACUAAGCCACCCCCGACUUUAGACCAUUUUCUGCGGAACAGCCACUUGUUUUCCCUUUUUUGCGCAUGAGCAAACACCGGGAAACUCUCAUUCUCUCUCCGUUUAUUUUUCAUUUUCUCCCCUUGUGGUCAAGCAAAAGAGACUGUAACGACCAGACCCACCACAAGAAGACAUUCGCUCCGUGAGAAUUUUCAGCACGCCAUUCAAUUUUCCGUUGCCGUGCUUUCACAAGUGAAAAAUCGUCGCCACUCUGUCGCAGCAGAAAAAAACUGAGCAAAACUAUAAAAAACAACAAAAAACUAACAACAAAUACCAAAAAAAAGAAAACCAGGAAGACAAUUUAAACUAAGAUUGUGAGAAAAUUUUGUAAAGGAAAAAGUUUGCAUAACGUGAGGCGUGAAAAGUGCGAGCAGAUUGCAAAGGAUUUUUCCAGCAAGCCGUUAGAUUUUCAAGGACCCCCGUGUGGGUGUACUGGCAGGUACUCGCUGUGUAUCUGUGUGCGGCUCAAGUGCAAUUAUAAAUGGCGUAAUUUGUGCGCCUUGGCGGCCGUGUCAUGAACAUAGCCAUACUGCAUCCUAAAGUGGAUAUAUUCGACUCCAAAAUCAAGACGACUCCCCGGGGAGAUAGCAAACGGACGGAGGCUCGCCGGAAUAGCGAGUUCCUCUGCCUCUGUCGACGACCUGCAAAAUGGAUGAAUGCGACAACCCCGUCGUCGUUUCUUUAGAAAAAUUCGCAUCACACCAGCUUAACGAGGAGGGGGUCGCCGAACCGAGUGCGGAAAAUUCCGAUCAGGAGCAACAAAUAAGUCACAAAGAGCCGAAGAACAUCGAUGAUAAGGAUACGCUCCUAGACCAGGAACUUCAGCAAUCAUCAGUUGAGGAGGACGCAGCAAACGACGCGGAAGUCGAGGCAGUCAUCAUGGGACAGGCGGAGAGCAAGAAACAGGGCAGCAAGUCAAGUCGCCGCAACCACAAUGGCAACGGAAAUAGUAAUGGCAAUCCCUCAGAGGCGAUGGAUCAGAAUCAGACGGUGCACACCAAAGGCACAGCCAUGUCGUUUGGUUUCCGCAAAAAGCUCAAUGGGACGCCCAAGAAGUUCAAGAAACUCCUGGAAGGUGGGGACAAAAGUGCAAAUCGCACAGACACAAAGGACGACAACGGGAAUGCAGCUGUUCCCGUUCACUUUGAGAAAGUAGGCGCCGCCGCUGUCCAGAAGACCGGCACUUUGGCGACAGGUGCGGCUGGCGGUGGACGUUUUGGCUAUCGUGGGGCGGUGCCACGCCCCGCAUCUGCGGGCCUAACUGCGCCCAGCGAAGAAUCUGAAACGGAAUCGACAGUCCAAAAUGCCCAGAACAACAACAAUAAUAAUAGUAGCGGAACGGGAAGUGGUCCGGUGUUGGUGAGCAAUUUGAAACGACGCUCCAAGAGCGCACACGCCGGACGAUCCGGCGAUGGGGAGCCGAAAAUAGCCCAACCUAAAACUCUGACGUUCAACCUGAAUCAGAACACCACCAUCGAGUAUCAGAGGCGGCAGUUCUUUGGUGAGAUAGCGGACGAAACGUCGGGUUCGGGAUCCGGAUUCGGGUCGGGAUCGAGAGCAAUGCAGCCGAGAUAUAACUACAACAAUCUGGCCAGCAUGCAUGCCAAUGUCAUAGUUCGCCCCACACCGCGACCCACUCCAGCGAGUUAUGCGAAGUUCACAUUGCAGACAGUGAGCCUGCCUAGGCCAGAGUACCCGGUGGCCAUCAGUUUGACAGCCACGACACCGACCACGCCUAGCAGCAGUGUACAGUCACCGGUGCCUGCCCAUUCGACCGGUGCAAGGGCCAAGGACAUCUCUACCAGCUCACGACAGCAUCCUCUGACCUCAGUGCAUGUCCAACCACAGUCAAGACAUCUUGACCAGAAGAGCGUUAAGCAGCUGACGAAUAACUCCACACGUCGAGGAUUCUCAGGAAGUCGAGAGAUUAGUGCAGAUUCCGGAAUAGCUAGCAUGGACAUGGCAUUAGACAGCAGUUCGGGCAGCUCAGUGGGUUCCAAGAGAAGUCGCAGCCGGCCCAGAAACCUCAAGAUGGUGAUGAGUGGACGACACACUUUCGAGGUUCGCGAUGCCGAUGAUCCGCCCUCCAGUGAAUCAAAUUCUUUUGUGGAACCACUGGCACUUCCAAAACUACCCACUGAUGGAAGUCAGAGUAUUCCUCUUCCAUUAUUGGGUUUGGUACGAUCCAAUACGGUGUUGAGUCGGGAAAGUUACGAAAGACGUCAAGCGGAAACCCCUGGAGCCCAGGAUCAACAGGAUCAGGAACCAGAGAAACCCAAGAUAAGUGGCUCCGACGAGAGCGAGAGUGUGGACGAGGAAAAGCUUUAUCUGGAUUCGUCCACCUCCGAGAAGAGUGCCAAACAUCAGAGCCAGUCCUCGGUGGCCUCCACUUGGCGCCUGCAGGCUGGAGAAUCUCUGGCAGCUCAGGAUUGCAGCAGCAUGAGCAUGAGCAUCAGUAGUGAUACCCAGGCUCCUGAGAAUCCCAGGGAUAAUGAGAAGGAGGAGGACAUGUCCUUGGGUUUGGAUGAGAUCAGCCUGAUCAACACCGAUAUGCAGUUUAGUACAAUCUCUUCAAUGACGGAAACUCCACCCAAACUGGGUCAGGAGCCUAUGCUCAAUCUUCAUCUGGUGGACAAUCGGGAGGCAGGCACCUCGCGUCCCCGUUCCUUCAACAAUGCUCUCAAUGAAUCCAAAUUUGCCGAGCUGGCUUUGGCCAGUAGUAGUUGCCUCCUGUUGGAUGAUGAGACUUCUCCCACAGAUAGUUUGGUCAGCAGCACCGAAGAUUCCGAAGAGGCAGGUGGCAAGCUGCAAAAGCACAAGUUAAAUGAGGAACGGCAACAGAAAGAUAUUGAUGACAUCGAUAUAGAUGAUAUUUCGCCGGUUCUUGAACUGGAUUUAGAUCCUCCAGGCAGUCGCAGCCCCAUAUCACCUGGCACUCCAACUCACGCCUCACAUUCACUUUCCUUGGGCUCGGAUUGUGGAAAUCUCAUAGAUGAUGAGAUCGCAGAUCAGCCAGCUUUGCUGUGCAAUAGCGAAGCCCAUGAGGUGGCAACGGAUACACCUACUUUAAUGGAAACGCUGACCCACACCCAAACAGGAUCUCUGCGAUCCUUAAAGAGUCAGUCCAAGGCUCGCACCGCGCUUCAACAGGCCAUUGAGUUGAGUUUGAGAACUCCGGCAGCGGUGCGAAAGGCAGUCAUGGAUCGAGCUGAAUCUUUGGAUACUCUUUCCCCCUGUGAAUCCAUUUGCUCUGAUGAUCUAAUGAUGGAUUUCGAUAUGAACAGCAGUGUGGACUCUAUCGAUCAUAUGACAAAUGCCACGGGACGCAGUCGCAGUGGUUCCGAUCUUCACAGGAUUGGCAGUGGUGGGCAGGAUAUUGAUCCUAUACAGGCGGAGACCGAGGCGGAACUUCUCUCGGAGUUGGAGCGCAAAGGAAGCGAUGUGAUGAAGGAGCUCAAUACUUUGUUGCGUGGAAGAAGGCAGCGUGGAGGACCAAGGGAGAGAAUAAGCGCCCAGUUGCCAGCCCGUGCCACCAGAUUGCUGAACCGGUCGCGUCUUCAGGACCAACAUCUCACCGGGAACGAUUCGGAUAAUAGCUUGAGGUCCACCCACAGCGGCGGAGCUUCGGCGGCCGCUGCUGCCCGAAAAAGAAGCACGGCCAACUCAAGGACAUCGUCCGGCUCCACGGCCAGUCUGCCUCGUCAGCGUCAUCUGCAGCAGCAGCACCUUGGCUUGGGUGGCAGCUCUGGAGGAGGAGGAACUGCAUCCGGAGCAUCCGGCAAUAGGUGUGGAGGCGAGCUGCACAGCUCGUCGGACGAUCUAAUGUUAUAUGACAAGUCCUUCCGCAAUGCCAUGAUCCAGGAUGUGCUGCAGUUUAAGAAGCAGCUGCUCCGACUGCGGCGAAUACUCCAGGAGGAGCCAGAUUUUGAUUUGAUGCGGACGGAAACACUCAAUCCUUUCGAGAACGACAACGUUCAGCUGUUUGCCGCCUGCGGAUUGGAUAGCAAACAGCUGAAUGACAUCGAUCUGGCCAGUCUAACCUCGUCCACAACGGAGGACCCGCUCCAGGAGCUAUCGGAUCUACGUAGACAGGGUCAAGUGGACGAUCGUGAUCGCACCAUUCGCCUGCAGCGUGAUCUCAUCGAGCAAUUGGAGGCCGAGAAGAGGCAGAAGGCUUCGAAUGGAUCUGGUGGAGAACCGGGCAAGGAGCUCAUCAGCAUGGCCACCCAAACGGAGCGGACACGACCACUUGCCAUUGGUGCGGAGGGUUUGUCCAGAAGUAAGCCCGAAUAUACCAGUUAUACCACGCACUUUCCGACGCUCCACUUGCACGACUCUACGCUGGCAGCCACCACGAUCAUUCGCCACCACCAGAGCAACCACAACCAGCAGCAACAGCAGCAGGAGAAAUCCUGCCCAGCUCUCAGCCAGACCCGCCGGCAUACUAUCAUCUCAACAACGCUGACCAACUAUAAUCAACAGCUGGCGGCGGCAGCUUUUCCUGAUACCCCCAGACGCUCAUCCAUUGGAUGGGAUACGACUCCGACUACGCCCAAUGGCAACGCCUAUAAGCCCGUGAGGAUUACGCUAAUCGGGGAGGCACUGCCCCUGCAGAAUAAGUCAUCAACCGGAUCGCUAUCUUCGUCAUCGUCCUCCUCCUCAUCAACAUCGUCGUUAACCCAAAAUCCAAAUGUGGUCAAAAUGCGGUAUCCCAAUGGCUGUCAGAGUGUUAAGAACGGAUCGAGUGCCCAUUAUCAGCCGUUGUACAACAGCAACAAGAUGACAAACCCAACCGUAACUAUAGUCUGAUUUAGAUACCAGUUUUCAGUUAAACAAACCAUCUAAUUUGCCGUCGCAAGUCUUCUGGGAAAUGCUCUAAAAUAGAACAAAAAUUAAACAGAAUCCACAAUUGUGAAAAUAGACCUAGUACAAGAUCUUAAUGUAAUGUAAGCGAUUUACUUAUAUUUGCAUCUUAGCCAAGAGCUCUUGAUAAAACCGUUUAGUAAAAUAUUUGCAUGUAAGGAAUGUACUUUAAAUAUCUCAAUAAAUAUAUAUGUAUAUCCAUUGCUUCAAUAUAAUGUUUAACUAAAUUUAUGCGUCUUUUUCUGGCUUAGUUUUGGCUUCCAAAUAAUAUUUUGUUAGCCAGAUAUAUAAUAUCCGCCAAUCUGAACAUCUUCAAGAGCCUCCAAAAUGAAUUACCCAUUAGCACAGGAGUUAUAUACUCCUCAUAAAUGUAUAAUCUAAUAUUAGAUUCUAGAUAAUUUUUGAUUGUUACUUGUUUUUUCGCCUAAGUUUUAGUCUAAGUUAGUGAGUUUUUCUUGGUUUAAUUUGUAAUCCUGUAAUUUGUAUAAUAUGAGCUAUGAUAACUAUCUUAAACCACUUUCGCUGAACGAGGAAUCAAUACAAGCAAACAUAAUAUUUUUUCUCCAAGAGCACAAUAAUUGUCAAGUAAUUAUCCAAUAUUAUAUAACGUAUACUAUAUGUAAACCACUAUUAAAGAGUUAUAGAAAGUA